AACUACAAAAAACAAGAACAAAAACAUUUAUUAAUAACCUAACAUUUUAUCGUUUAUAACGUAUCUUGGUUGCAAAAUAGACAUUAAAAUUUAUACCGCUAAUUAUUUAUUUAUUUAUUUAUUGUAGUAUUUAUAUAUACGAAUAUUUAUACAUAAUGGAGCUAGGUUUUGGGAGAUGGGGGCUUGCCCUGGCCGGCUGGCCCUAUCAAAAGUUUGAAAAAAAAAUAUAAAUUGAUCUAGUAUUUUCUUAUAACUAUAACAAAUCACUUUACAAAUAGUAUUUUGGUCCCUAUAUAUAUGUUAUAUGUACAAUCUUUAUGAUCAUAUUCAUUUUAUGCCUAGCUGCAUGCACGAAUAGCUUUAACUAAUAAUAAAUCAUAUUCUAAAAAAUUAGGGUUGACAAAAAGAGAUGCAAAGGAAUAGUCAAUAAAAGUUAAAUCUAUUUAAUUAUAAUAUAUCUCUAAGAUAUAAAAACUCUCUUAUAAAACAAAUUAAAAAAGGAAAAGUUGCACUUGAGUACUUGACAAAUAAAACAGUUAUUAUAGGUGUGAGAUUAAUAUUUUUCAUAUAAGAUGUUAUUAAGAAUGACAAUAUUAUUGCAAUAAAUAAUUGAAAAAAAUGUGCAUAUCUAAUAUUAUAUAAAUAUAUUCCAUAAAGACUAUAGGACAACGUGAAUAACAAUAAUCGUUAGCAUGAAAUAGAGGGUCACAUAUCAAAAUCAAUAAUUUGGUUAAGAUAUCAAGUCUAUAAUAAGUAAUUAGCCUUUUAUUUCAGAUAUUAAAGAGUAAUCUAAUAUUUCUUUCUUUCGUGAUAUAAUAUAUUUUUUUUUUAGUUUUUCUAUUUUUACACUUUAUAAUAAUUUUUCUUUUUUAGGGAAUUCUACGCAAAAACCUUUAUAGUAACUAACAGAGAAACUUAAAUUAAUUGCAACUAAAAUCCGUAUAACAGUCCACAUGGAAAUUACUGAAGCAAUCCAAACCGUACGUUUAAAAAAAAAAUAAAAAUAGUACAUGAGUUAAUUCUCUUAUUUUUUUUUUACCCUUUUAAUUUUUUCUUCUUGUUAUUUAACAUUUAAUUUACCCAUGAUAAAUUGUUGGUUAGUAUGAAACUUUCCAUUUGAUGUUAUUACCCCCACAUCCGAAUUUAAUAACAAAUUUAUAGUAAUUGUGUUAUAACUUUUUUAAUUGACAUUUAAAUUCUUAUUAAUUAAUAAUAAUAAAGUUAUACAACAAAGAUACCAACCUUUUGCACUUAUAAACUUAUAAAAUUUUAAGGUCAUUAUUGUAAAUGGAUUCGAUGUUGUAACUGUAUGUGACUACUAUAUCAUUAGAUUGAUAACUUAAUUAAUUUGCAGCUAAAACUAUAUGAUGUAUUUUUAACAUCAUCGGAAAACAUAUAUACAUAUUCCCAUCAUAAUAAAAGGAAAGGAGUACUACUCUACCAAAUUAUAAAAUAACAACACAUUAUUAAGGUAUCAUAUAUACAUUAACAUUAUUAAUUAUUACAACAAUAACAUAUAAUAAUCUAUAUAUAUAAUUGGAUUGAAAUGGUCAAUAUUAACAAACGUACAUCUCUCCUCAAAUGUCUCUUUCUUCAAUGAAACAAAUGUUUGGUAUUAACUUAUUAUUGAAUAACUGAAUAUGGCUUCCCACAACCUCUGAGUUGUGCGUUAAUAACGGUAUCCAUCCCUCUAAUUCGUCAUUAUUAUUAUUAUUAUUAUUAUUUUAAACUAAAAACAAUAACCCCCAAGAAAAACCUUAUUAUUAUUAUUUAUUUGUCUUUCAAAAUAUUCAUUCAUUAAUUCCCAAUCUUUAUUUUCCUUCAUAUAUACACAUAUAAAUUUGUCAUCUUCCACAACUCUUUUUUUUUUCUUCCUCGAUCUCUCUUACUUUUUACUCUUGCCAUUCCAUACAUAAUCUUCUUUUCUUGAGGGAAAUUUCAUCAACUAAGGUUUCUGUGAUCACAUACAUAUAAUCAAACAUCUUUUUUAUUAUGGCAACUACAAAAGUGAAAAGAGAUAGUAGUAAUAAUCAUGUGCCUGGGAAGAGGACACUGCCUUCUACAAAUUCCAACCCCAGAACAAAUAAUAAUAGCAGUAAUUCUACUCAAAAAGCUUCAUCUUCUUUAAUGGCUUCAACAGAUACUAGUAAUAAUAGUACUCCUAAUCAGAAACAAGUCCCUAACUAUCUCAAACCAACAAAGAGCUCUCUCCCUAACCCCACUUCCAAUUCCAUAACUAAUAAACAGUACCCGAAGAAUAACAAUAACAAACCAACCCUCAACAGAAGAAGGUCUUUUGAUAAUAAGCCUCCUCCAUCACCUAUUAAUAAUAAUUCACACAGAGCAGUUCUCUCAAACUCCUCAUCUUUCUCAUCAUCCAAAACCAGAAACUAUCUUCACUCAUCAUCAUCAUCAAAGACUACUACUAGACCUACAAAACCUCAGAGUAGUCAUACAUUGUAUGCCAAGAACCCCAAAAAGAGCACAGAAAGUUUUGUUAGGAAGGAAAAAGCUCCAACUAAUUACAAGACUACUACUUCUACUAAAGUUGUUAAGGUUGAUGAUCAUGAUCAAGAAUUGAUGAUUAAAGCUACUCCACCAGCAGGUGAUCAUGAUGAUAAUGAUCAGCUGAGCAUGAUCAAAUCAGGAGAUAACAGUAAUAUAAGUCGUGAUGAUGAUGAUGAUGAAGAUGAUGGUGGCAGUGUCAGUACUGAUAUUGUCGAUUAUAAUUAUGAGCACGACCACGAGGAGGAAAUUAAUCAUGAUCAUGAAAUUAAUAAGCUCAUAACUCCACCUUGUGAUAUUUCCACUGUCUCAGAAGAACUGGUUGUAAAAGCUGAUACUGUUGGUAACAAUAACAAUAAUAAUAAUGGAAUAGAAGAGACAAGUACUGGUACUACUACUACUGAUGAUCAAGAAGAAGAGUAUAAUAACAAUAUUGAUCAGCAUCAUCAUCAGAGUACUGAUCAAUUAUUAUUAUUAUCAGAAGAUGGUGAAGAGAAUAUGAAUCAAAACAAAUUAUUAGCUGAUCAUGAAGAUGAUGAUAUUAUUGCAGGUGAUCAGGAGUCAAAACCUGAUGAUAAUAAUAAUAAUGAAGAAAACAAAAUUAUUGACAUUAUUGAUCAUGAUCAUAAGAUGAUCAAGGAAGAAGAAGAAGAAGAUGUACUAAUAGUGAAGGAAGUGACAAAGGCUGAAGGUGUGAAGAGACAGGGGAAGAAGAAGGAAUCUCAAGCUUACAAUGAUGUAAUAGAAGAGACUGCAAGCAAGCUUUUGGAGAAGAGAAAGAACAAGGUUAAGGCUUUGGUUGGUGCCUUUGAGACUGUUAUUGAUUAUGAAUCUAAAUAAUUAAUUAAGUAAUAAUGCGCUUUAUACAUGCAUUUUUAUUACUUAAUUACUCUUUUGUUAAUUAUUAGUUAACUUGGGUUUCAGUUCAAUUGGAUCGACAAGUACUUGUAUACAAACGAAGGAGAGACUCAUCAAAAGAUAUUGUUUUAUUUAAGAAAAAAAGAAAGAGAGGUAUGAACGUUAUUGUGGGGAUCAUGGAGAUUAUGAUUUCUGCUUUUUGUUAAAUUAUCACUCUCCACAAUAAUAAAUGUUAUUAUUUGUGUGAUCAUAAAUACGUACCUUUUAAGUAGCUAAUUGGUUUUGUAAA